AUGGCGCUGCAGACUGCAACAUCGUCGUCCUUCCGAGCUGUUUGCUCACGAGGGACAUCAUCAUGCAUUGCGUCCUCGUCGAGAACAUUCGCCACGACAUCGAGUCUCUCACGCAACGUCCCUGCUCGUCGACCUCGGGACCCGCUCAACCACGACCCUAGCGCCGUCCGCCAUGCGCUGCCAUCAGGCGAGACGCUCAUCGUCCGUCGACCACCAACGCCGCCCACCUCCUCCAAUGUAUCAUCUGCCGACUCCUCUACCGCAUCGCCGCUGCCGACAAUCGAAACGGAUCCCAGCGAGGUCCUCCCGCCACCGCUAAAAGCCACGAGCAAGCGGUCGGAAAAGACGCUCGGCGAGGCCGAGAUCUCGCAAAUCCAAAAACUUCGGGCCCAAGACCCGUUCAAGAAUACGCCAUCGACGCUGUCGAAACAGUUUGGCUGCUCGAGGACAUUCGUUCAGAUGGUCGCGCCCCUCAAAGAUGUCAACGUGAGGAGGGCAAAGGAACAGAAACAGGACAUCGAGAGCGGAAAGGAGAGCUGGGGAUGGAACAAGCGCUUGAGCAGGGAGCUUAGGAGCGAGAGGCGAGCGUUGUGGUAA